AAGUAGGCAUCGGACAUGGUAUUGGUAUUUUCCUUGGGCAAUAGCUUCUCCCAACCAAACGCAUCCCUUGCAUUAAAUAGUUUGAUAUCCACGCUCUUCAAGAGAAGCACAUAACAUUAAAUUCCACCAAAAUACUUAGAAAGAGAACAACUUCUGUAAAUUCAUUGCCCAGCGUACACAACAUAACAUACAAAAUCGCCGUGUCAGAUUUUCCCGCAUCUUCCGGCGACGUUUUCCGGCUCAGGAGCACCAUUUUUUGGGUUGGCAACUCUUAAUAUAAUUAAUGCCAAAUUAUGGUUACAUUGUUCAAUCUCUACAGGAGCCUAUUAGCAGAAGGUACGAAAGAGGGACGUCCAGGACAACAGAUACAAAAAUCAGGUGGCAGAGAGAGCCUCUAAUUAGAACCAUUCGCAGAGGAUUAUGCUUUAGUUGUGGCUUGUGAUAAACUGUCAUGGCAAUAAAAUCUUACCAAGAUCAGGCGGAGCUGCUGCUGAAGGAAUAUUUGCUAGCUGAUUCUUUUAUUCCGUACACCUCUAUAAUUGUUGGCAUUAGUGCUUGCAAGAUGGUCUAUGAUCUUACCCAGUUGUUCAGUCUUGUUUACUUCAAGAGCUAUUCCAACCUUACAAAAAUGCAACGUGUUGAGUGGAAUAACCGGGCCAUAUCUACAGUUCAUGCCAUUUUCAUUACAGUUAUAUCAUUGUACUUAGUGUUCUGCUCAGAUCUCUAUUCUGAUCAUCGUGCUGAGCUUAUGAUAUUUCAAGCUUCUUCACUGUCUACAUUUGCAUUAGGGGUUUCUGUUGGUUACUUCAUUGUUGACCUUGGAAUGAUUAUCUGGUUUUAUCCCUCUCUUGGUGGGAUGGAAUAUGUGAUUCAUCAUUUCAUUUCCAUGGUUGCUGUGGCAUAUGCUAUGUUGAUUGGAGAGGGACAGCUUUACAUCUACAUGGUUCUGAUCUCAGAGACAACAACCCCUGGGGUCAAUCUGAGAUGGUAUCUCGAUACAGCCGGAAUGAAGAGGUCUAGAGCAUAUCUCAUAAAUGGAGUAGUAAUAUUCUUUGCUUGGCUGGUUGCCAGGAUACUCCUAUUUAUGUACUUCUUUUAUCAUGUCUACUUGCACUACGAUCAGGUGAAGCAACUAGACAACUUUGGGAAAGUUUUGAUUCUGACGGUGCCAUUGGUGCUGUCUGUGAUGAAUAUAAUGUGGUUUUGGAAGAUUAUCAAGGGACUGAAAAAGACACUAGCAAAGAGGCAUUAGCAAAGCAGAAACUGAGGAAUAUCUCGAUUAGUGCCUUACUCAGGUACUCUCUCUAGUGCAUGUGCACUUCUACGUCUGUAAAUCAACUUUCAUGGCCUUUUAUUCUGUUCAGAUAUUUUACUUUGGAUCGUUUCCUACUUGUAACAUUGAAUAUAAAUUUUAUUAUUCACGGUGAUUAAUGGUAAUUUGUGCAUGUUUAGAAUGGAGAAACGUGUAGUUUUCCA